GCUAUUCCGACUCCCUCACCCAGUCGUCAGGUACCGCCGUGUCUUUGGACUCCCGCUGCUGGCCCAACCUCAUCCAGAUAACUCCUCUUAUCUUGGGCUGAUUGCCCUUUGAAACAACCUCCUAGUUUCUGUGCAGUCCUCCCACAUAGCGAACAACCAUCACAUUUUACCACCAUGUCCAUCCUCCUCGACCCCCCGGACCUUGGCUUUAGACGCCCCUUCAAUCGUGAAAUAUGCCAAGUGUUGCACCUCACUAACAACAACCCGGACGCCGUUGUCUUCAAGGUCAAAACCACCGCUCCCAAACACUACUGUGUCCGACCCAACUCAGGGCGGAUAGAACCAGGCAAGCAUGUGGAAGUCCAGGUGUUAUUGCAGGCCAUGAAGGACGAACCAGCUCCGGAUGCGAAAUGCAAGGAUAAGUUCCUUGUUCAAACUGUGGCGGUCACCAAGGAUAUGGAAUUCGCCAAUGUUAGCUCCAUUUUUGAGAAAGCCACCAAAUCAGCUAUUCAGGAGCGCAAAAUACGAGUAGCUUGGCUCCCCGCUGAUGAACCCGAAGUCAAGCAAGAAGACACCAAUGGCACGAACGCCCAGAAUGAUGAAACUCCUUCUUACUCUUCCCCUAAGGGAGAUUUUGAGACCCCGGCCGCCAAUUUUGCGAAAAGUUCCAACACAACUUCGCCCAUACCCGCUCCGGACUUCAACGAGAGUGUCAAGCGGGAUUAUCCGACUCCGCAAGUAGCUGAAAGCAAAUCAGCAUCAGCGAAGGCUUCCGUGGCGAGCAGCGCAAAGCAAACCGACUACGAGACUCGGUUGGCAGAAGCUAAUGCACAAAUUCAGCGCCUAAAAGAUAAGCUCGCAGACCAGGGUUUGCGACAGAGAAAGAUCGGGAGUGAGAGCGAAAAGUCACCGGCAGCCCUCGCGCAGCAGGUUCAGUCUGUUGAGGCAGGUUACUAUCACUUCUAG